UAUAUGCUAAUUAAUCAAAUUAAUACAUUAAUAUUUAUAUUUCAUCGGUAAUUGUAUUAAUUUUCACAAUAAAGUUACAGCCAUACUAUUUCUGUUUUGAAAAUGAUCCAAACCGCUCGACUUGAUGUUAAAAACAGUAGUGGGAAAAAAUGCUGUGUAGGGGUGAAAAAUCACACCUGAUGACUCAAACCUUCAGGUUCCCAGACCAGAACUAGACCCUCUCUCUCUCUCUCUCUCUCCAUGUGACCACAGUAGCCUUGCAUGAGAUGGCCAGCAGAGGCCUGGAGAGGCCUGCAGAGGUGUCACUUCACACCUCUGUGGCUGUUGUCUUGUAUAAAACCUUCCUUCAGCAGACCUUCAGGCAUUACUUGAGCCUCUCUAAGCACACAGAAUGGAUGUUUCUCCUCCUCUCUUCAACUGCAUCACACAAAACUCCUGGAGCUGCCCGAGCUCAGACUCGGAAUUCUACAACUCAAUCUCAUCUCCCGAAGCCGUGUCUCCAAUCUCCUAUAUAGACUUCUCUCCUUCGGCCCAACCACAGAAUGGUUCAUCUCCACCCCAUUCGGGGCACCCCGGAGGUGCCAAAGCUCCUGAGGAAGUUGGACGUUCUCGUGUCGGGACCAGAAGGACACGGUCGAAGAACCCGAGCAAGCAAAGACAAAGCGCCAGCGAGAAGGAGAAACUCAGAAUGAGAGAUUUGACGAAAGCCCUUCAUCACCUCAGGACUUAUUUACCUCCCUCCGUGGCGCCUGCCGGUCAGACCCUGACGAAGAUCGAGACCCUUCGCUUGACCAUUCGCUACAUCUCAUACCUCUCAGCUCAGCUCGGUCUCAGCGAAGAAGCUCUGUAUAAGAUGAAAGACACGAGAAGAUCUGAAUACCAAGAGUCGCCUCAAAAUCUGACCGAAGGGUUUUGCUGUUACGAUUCAACGCCAGAAUACUGGACACUUGGAGAUUCGGCGCAACUGUGUCAAAACACCUUCAGACCAGAACAUGUCUUGAGGAAGACAGAAGUAGACCUGAAUCAAGUUUGCAUGAACGGUGACACGCCGGUAUAUGAUGACUCUCUCAACUCCAGCUUGGAGUCUCUGCUGGAUCAUCCUUCAUAUGCAAACACAACUUUGACAUGCCAGGUGUGUACUGUGAUUUUUACUUAA